CUCAGGAUGGCGGAAGCGCACCAGGCUGUGGCCUUCCAGUUCACAGUGACCCCAGAGGGGGUGGACUUCCGGCUCAGUCGGGAGGCCCUGAAACACAUCUACCUGUCUGGCAUCAAUUCCUGGAAGAAGCGCCUGAUUCGGAUCAAGAAUGGCGUCCUCAGGGGAGUGUACCCUGGCAGCCCCACGAGCUGGCUGGUGAUUGUCAUGGCAACAGUGGGGUCCUCCUAUUGCAAGGUGGACAUCUCCAUGGGACUGGUCUGCCACAUCCAGAAGUAUAUCCCUGAUGGACUCAGCCCCUACCAGACCCCACAGGCCAAGGAGCUUCUCAGCAUGGCCAUCUUCUCCACCGGGGUCUGGGCCACCGGUGUCUUCUUCUUCCGCCAAACCCUGAAGCUGCUACUGUCCUACCAUGGCUGGAUGUUUGAGAUUCAUGGCAAGACCAGCUACGUCACCAGGAUCUGGGCUGUCUGUGUCCGCCUGCUGUCCAGCCGGCGACCCAUGCUAUACAGUUUCCAGACAUCUUUGCCCAAGCUCCCUGUGCCCAGCGUGGCUGCCACAAUCCACAGGUACUUGGAGUCGGUGAGACCCUUGAUGGGUGAGGAGGACUAUAGCCGCAUGGAGAAGCUGGCCAAGGAAUUUCAGGACAACACGGCCCCCAGGCUGCAGAAGUACCUAGUGCUCAAGUCUUGGUGGGCAACCAACUAUGUGAGUGACUGGUGGGAAGAGUACAUCUACCUGCGAGGCCGCAGCCCUCUCAUGGUAAACAGCAACUACUAUGCCAUGGACUUUGUGCUGGUCAGGCCCACACAGGUGCAGGCUGCCCGCCUAGGGAACAUCGUCCACGCCAUGAUCCUGUAUCGCCGGAAGCUAGACCGGGAAGAGAUCAAGCCUAUGAUGGCUCUGGGCAUCGUGCCCAUGUGCUCCUACCAGAUGGAGAGAAUGUUCAACACCACCCGAAUCCCGUGCAAGGAGACAGACCAGCUGCAGCACCUCGGGGACAGCAGGCACGUGGCCGUCUACCACAAGGGCCGCUUCUUCAAGGUGUGGCUGUAUGAGGGCACACAGCUGCUGAAACCCUGUGACCUGGAGCUGCAGUUCCAGAGGAUCCUGGAUGACACGUCGCCACCACAGUCUGGGGAGGAGAGGCUGGCUGCCCUCACAGCUGGUGGGAGGGUGGAGUGGGCCGAGGCUCGCCAAGCCUUCUUCAGCUGUGGCAAGAACAAGGCUGCCUUGGAUGCUAUCGAGCGGGCUGCAUUUUUUGUGGCCCUGGAUGAGGACUCCCACCACUAUGACCCCGAGGAUGAGGCCAGCCUCAGCCUCUAUGGCAAGGCCCUACUCCACGGCCGCUGCUAUGACAGGUGGUUCGAUAAGUCCUUCACUCUCAUUUCCUUCAAGAACGGCUAUAUGGGUCUCAACACGGAACACGCGUGGGCUGAUGCUCCGAUCAUAGGGCACCUUUGGGAGUUUGUACUGGGGACCGACGCCUUCCACCUUGGCUACACGGACAGUGGGCACUGCCUGGGGAAAGCAAACCCUGCACUAGCACCCCCUCAGCGGCUGCAAUGGGAUAUUCCAGAGCAGUGCCAGGUGGCCAUCGAACGCUCCUACCAGGUAGCCAAGGCCCUGGCUGACGACGUGGAGCUGUACUGUUUCCAGUUCCUAUCCUUUGGCAAAGGCCUCAUCAAGAAGUGCCGCACCAGCCCUGAUGCCUUUGUGCAAAUCGCCCUGCAGCUGGCCUACUUCCGGGACAGGGGCAAGUUUUGCCUGACCUAUGAGGCCUCAAUGACCAGAAUGUUCCGGGAGGGACGGACUGAGACUGUGCGAUCCUGUACCAAUGAGUCAUCGGCCUUUGUACAGGCCAUGAUGGAGGGCCGUCACAUGAAAGCAGGCCUCCAAGACCUCUUCCGAAAAGCAUCUGAGAAGCACCAGCACAUGUACCGCCUGGCCAUGACGGGGGCUGGAAUCGACAGGCACCUCUUCUGCCUUUACCUGGUUUCCAAGUACCUGGGGGUUGAAUCCCCUUUCCUGGCUGAGGUGCUUUCAGAACCCUGGCGUCUCUCCACCAGCCAGAUUCCUCAAUAUCAGAUCCGAAUGUUUGACCCUAACCAGUACCCCAAUCACCUGGGUGCUGGAGGUGGUUUUGGCCCGGUGGCAGACGAUGGCUAUGGGGUUUCCUAUAUGAUCGCAGGCGAGAACACCAUCUUCUUCCAUGUUUCCAGCAAGUUCUCCAGCUCAGAAACAAAUGCCCAGCGCUUCGGGAACCACAUUCGCCAAGCUCUGCUGGACAUUGCAGACCUUUUCCAAGCCCCCAAGUCUGUCCGCUGA